AUGGCUUCUUCGCUGCUCGGCCGGCAAACUGAAGGAAAAGCCCAUUUAACCAUCCGGCUGUGCACAGAUCCUGCUCUGGAGAGUCUGAAGGGUACUUCAGGGAUCCCCAAACCUGAGCAGUUAGAAACCAAGAGACCUCAAACCAGAAACUGCUCAUCUUCUCUACAGCAAACGGGCCAAGAUUCUGCACUUCAUCCUGCUGCCGCGGCAGCAAUCCCAAAUCCACUGCCGCAUUCUCUACCUCUCUCGCACGGGAGCGCCGAGACGAACAUUAGCGUCUUCAAAUACAGAACAUUUCGGCUCUCCUUCUGCAGGGAGGAAAUAAAAAGACGACAGCUUGCAGAAGCUGCUGAAAGGAGGCAGAUGGAGGCUUCUUCUCGAGGUAUUAAGAACGCUUACUCUGUAGAGCAAAAGAAAAAGAAACAGGAAGAAAUAGAGAAAAGAAUUGCAGCUUCAGGUUCUGGAGGAGAAGGAGGACUGAGAGUCUGGAGUCCCCUGUUGAUAUUUCCACGCUGUCAACAUCGGAGGAGUUUCCAGUGUGAAGCACUCAUCCCGCGGUGCGGCACUGUGCUGCGCAUCCUCGCUCGGCAGCCCGAAGCGAACCUGGUCUGCUCUGGCUCUGUCACCAGUCGAGGCGCUCUGCGUUUGAGUGAGAGAUUCCACCCGGUCCGAAUGCCCACGCUGCUCCUCAUCCAGCGCUUAGUGCUGUGA